ACCAGUGGCCCUCCCGAAAUGCUGUCGCUUCUGGUCGCCGCUCCUCCAUCGUGGUACUCACCUGCCCGUAACCCACUGUCGACGCACCGCCCGUGGCGGGCGGCAGUCGAGAUGAGGCACCUCCUGCUCCGGCCGGAUGACCCAGAGGUGCUCACGCUCAGGGACGCGCUGAUGGCAAAGAGCGUGGAGGCGCAGCUCGAGCGCUUCCAGUACAUGAACGAGCGCGGGCAGGGCAUGUGGCUCAGCCAGGCGUGGGAGGCGCACGCCAAGGACGCGCCUCCCGGCGGGGGCGCCGCCUUCCUCGACGCUCUCACGCGGACGGAGUCGAUCGAGGCGUAUUUUGUGCCCACGAUCGCGCGGCGGCAGGGGUCGCCCAACAACCCCUACCUCAACCGCGCCGCCUCGGGCUACCACACCACCAUCGAUCCCCGCGACCUCGCGCGCCGGCUGAUGGCGUGCCGCUCGCAGCUCGCGGGCGAGUGGUGCGAGCAGCUGCGGAUCCUGGCGACGGGGGAGCCGCACGAGCGGUUGGCGGAGGAGGCGCUCCUGCUCGGCCUCUCCGCCCGCGCCGCGAUGCGCAGCCUGCUCCGCGGCCUCAAGCCGCUGCCCUCGCGGCGCGGCAUGCACGCGUUCCUCGAGGCGUUUGCCAAGGAGCACUCGCGCGACCUGUCCCCGGCGGGGGAGCCGGAGGCGGCCUUCGCGGCGCUGGAGGCGCUGCCGCUCGCCAUCGCCGGCGAGGCUCUCAUCGACCCUCCGCUGCUCUGCGCCGAGCUGCGAAACAAGACGCAUGCCGCCAGCGCCGACCUGGCCGGGCUGCUCGGCGGGACCGAGGAGGAGCACACGCGCGUGCACGCGUCAUACCUCGAGACUUGCCUCCGCGAGACGAUCGACGCGCCCUCAUGGGACCGCGAGCUCAAGAAGCGCGACCAGCAGCGCCAGCUCGAGGCGUCGUGGAGGGUGCUGCUGCGGCGCACCGGCCAGCCGCCUACUGGGCCAGCAGAGGGAGGCGCCGCUCCCGGCCGCCACGCGGACACGCGGCCCAUCCUCCCUCCCUCCCCCGACGGGGACGCGGGCCCGCCGCCCGGCUCGUCUCCCGCGCCGUGAGAGCGACGACUGCCCCACCUGAGGGCGCCAUUUGGCGCGCGCGUUUCCCCGCCCCCCCCAGAGGGGGAGUCGCGCUGUCUCGCUUCGGCGCCGGCUUGUGCUCCUGGCUUGACCGCCCCCUUCCCCUCCCCCCAACCA